AUGCGACUUCUGAACGUCGAAACGAGAAGGCUGCAAGAGUUUUUCGACGAGGUGCCAGAAUAUGUAAUCUUAUCACACACCUGGGGUAGCGGCGAGGUCACCUUCCAAGACCUCGACCGUCCUGACCACACCAAGAAACGAGGCUACAUCAAGAUCGACGGCACCUGCUACCUGGCGGCUCGAAAUGGCAUCAAGUGGGUGUGGGUUGAUACUUGCUGCAUCGACAAGACGAGCAGUGCAGAACUCUCCGAGGCUAUCAACUCCAUGUAUCGGUGGUACAGAGAUUCUCAGAUCUGCUAUGCCUACCUUGAAGACUUCCAGCAAGGCGAUGAUCCCAGCAGCUUCGACAGCCAAUUUAGCAACAGUCGGUGGUUCACUAGAGGCUGGACGUUACAGGAGCUCCUCGCCCCCGAAACAGUUGAGUUCUUUGAUGCUGUGUGGAAGAAACUUGGCACUCGUUCUUCACUGGCGCCCAAGAUCGAGUCCAUCACCAGUAUACCGACCGAAUUUCUCAAAAGAAAUGAAGACUCCCCCGCCAUCCGCUCUGCAAAGAUUGCCAUGCGGAUGUCAUGGGCUGCUCGGCGGCAGACAACGAGGGUAGAGGAUAUAGCAUACUCUCUUCUUGGAAUAUUUGAUGUUAACAUACCACUGCUCUAUGGCGAGGGGGAAAGGGCUUUUGAGAGGCUGCAGAUCGAGAUUAUGAAGCAAGGACAUGAUGCAGUCUACCGAAGAUUCGACACUCGUACUGACAAGCGAGAGCGAGGAGAAUGGGGCUUUGAUGCGGCCGCGGACCGAGAUGAUGAAGCAGCCUUCGGACGAUUCGAUACCAACAUGGGCAUGGACGUACGAGUGCAAGCCAGAGCCGGUCAAGAACCUGGACAGUGA